AUGAAGGACAGAGCGAUGCAAGUAUUGAGGAAGACUCUAAUCAAUACGAUCCAAACGGACUUCCGGAGCGCGUUGAAGAGCACCGGAAGAACAUACGGCGGUGGGAGAAGGACCACCGGAGCUUUUGCACGGGAUUUGUCGCCUGCCCUUGAUGGCGAAAUGUUAAACGUUGUCGUUUUAGAGGAUUCGCCGAUAUCUGAUCUCACACUUGACCGGGCCGGUCUAGAGUGGACUAAUCGGUUCGAUCAUUUUAAACUUCUUUCCUAA